AAUUUGUCUCCAUUCGAUUUCGAUUUCGAGUUCGAUUUCAAUCCACAGUCAAUUAUUUGGCCACGCAUCUCCCAUUCCGAUUCCGAUUCAGCCCUCCCUCCUCCCUCCGCCGCCCGCCCGCCCGCCCGUGCCAUGGAAGAGGCGGACUCCGACCCCGACCUCGGGUUCGGGUCCGGCUCCGGCUCCGGAUCGGUCCCCCCGGCGCUCGUGUCCCUCGCCCCGUUCACGCCCGGGCCAUCCCCCGCGGCGCGCCGGCUCUCGAGCCAGUUCGCCGAGCCGGGCCGCCCCGUCCCCGCGGCGCGCAGGCUGGCGUACGUCUCCCUCCAGGGGCGGCUCGUGAACGCGGAGGAGGCGACGUCGGCCCGGGCGAUCGGCGGCGGAGGCUUCCUGGGCCGGGAGGAGGCGGCGGCCUGGGAGCUGUUCAGCCCCGUCCAGAGGGUGCUCCUCGUCGCCGUCAUCGGCGUGGCCGUCGCGGAGUCGAGGAAGAAUCGGCUGAUUUCGCAGCUCAGAAGCUCUGUGGAACUUAGGGAUCAGAUUCUGUCGAGCAUGCAGCAGAAGCUUGACAAUUUGUGCCAGCAAGUCCAUAAUGUCAAGGACCGGGAGGGAAAUGGGGCGGAAGCAUCCGUUGCCAAGAACUUUGGGUUCCCGUUUGACGCAACCUUCGAAUCGAACGGGAUCGAAUUUGUCGAUUGCGGUUGUUGGUUAUGUGAUCAGCACCACAAACAGUUUGGUGGACUGAUGAGUAAUUCUAUUAUGAGAGUUUCCAAUGGGAGUGAUAUCCAACAGUCAAAGACGACCUUCACAGAAGAAGCAGAACCAGAGGAACGACGCAUGUCUGACUUGUCGGAUUGGGCGUCAAGUGUGACAUCUUCAGCUGAAAUUCAGACAAAUGCUAUGGCUAUAGAACAAGACGUAUACAAUCUGAAGAGAGAGUGUGAAGAAAAGGACGCAACAAUAAAGGAGCUCACUGGCUUUCUGCAAUCAUGUGAUGCUGCUGGCUCCAAGAGGAUUGCAGAACUUGAAGACGUUAUACGCAGGAAGAAUGUGAUAAUUACAAAGCUCAGGAAGGACAUGGUAAUUCUCGACCAAAAGGUUGUUCAACUCACAAGAUUGCGAAGACCCUCUUCGCAAAUAGAUACCAAUACAAGCACCAGACAAAUCCCUGUUAUGGCAGAUAAUCUCCUUUAUGACAUGGACAGUUCAACUAGCCCUUCCUCUUCUGAUUCGGAUAGCUCUCCUAAAACCAGACCGCAAGCGACCAUUGUCAAACAGCAGGUGACACCAGCAGAAAAAUGUGGAGAUGCUUUGAGGAAAAACGAUAAUUCGGUAGCGGAAAAGACCUCAAGUUUCUCGAUGAAAUCAGUUGUUGGUCGAACCAGGUCUAGAUCAGUAAGUCCUCUUAAGGAGAUUACGACAAAUGAUAAAUCAAGUAAGAUCUCUUCGGAGCGGCAAAGGCAGCUGUCGUCGGCUGGAGGAGAUUCCAAGAGGAAUAGGAAGCAAACUAAUACUGGAUCGAAGGAUGCGAUCACUAGGAAGCGAUGGUCUUAGUGAAAGUUUUAAAACUUGGACCAAUUUGUUUUUUUAGUGCUGGUAAAAACCAGUUGAAUAAUCUAGUUAAGCGUCUUGCUGAACCGGUCGACAUUAUGAAUUAUUCAAAGCAAGAGAUAUCUCUCUAUCUGCAAAUUCUAAAUGGCAAGUUGUGAACCAGUUACAAUC